AUGGGCAUUAUGAUUGGGGUAUGGCUUUUGGGCAUUUCAACAAACACGUACAGGGUCAUUGUUAGUGUGCUUAACAUAGUGUUCCAUGUAUAUACAAUCAACCGCAGGGAUGGCUUCAAUGCUGACUGCACACAAACUAGGAAUAAGUUGAUUGGUGCUUCAAGGCCCCGUGAUCGAGAUGUCACAAAAGGAGAAACUACUUCAAGGAUAAAUGAAACAAACAUUAAAGAUCAUGAUGCUUUUAG